GGCGGGUGUACGCGGCAGGGGCUGUUGUGCUCCCGGCUGUCCUCUUUCCCUUCCUUGGCGGGUGGAGGAGGCCGCCGAAGCGUUUCUGGGCGCCCUCCAGCUUCCUUCCCUCCGUGUCUUCCGCGGCCCUCUGGAGCUGCGCGGCCUCUCAGACGCAGGACUGUCCCGGCCCGGAUAUGGCUCGUGGACAGCAGAAGAUUCAGUCUCAGCAGAAAAAUGCCAAAGAGCAGGCUGGACAAAAGAAGAAACAAGGACAUGAUCAAAAGGCUGCUGCCAAAGCUGCCUUAAUAUACACCUGCACAGUCUGUAGGACACAAAUGCCAGACCCUAAGACCUUCAAGCAGCACUUUGAGAGCAAGCAUCCUAAGACUCCACUUCCUCCAGAAUUGGCUGAUGUUCAGGCAUAAAGUUGUUUACAGGUGAAUUCAUGACACCUUGAUUCUUCUACUGUCUCAGACCUUAGGUAACAAACCUGCAGCUGCUUUUCUAACAAACUGUUGAUCAGCAAAAAUAAAGGGGCUACAGAAACACUCAUUUUUAUGCUGUUCCCUUUUGAGCUUCAUGCAAAGACAAUUCUGUGUAAAUGUACAGUUGACUCUGAUUUGGAAAUCUGAAAAUCAGUUCAUCCUUGUUAAAAAAAUUUUUUUUACAAUGUAAUUAUAUUGAUGUUCAUAUUGUGUAAAAUAACUCAUUUAAUAAAGUAGUACUUUGAUUUUACA